UAGGCAUAGCUACACCCAUCAUUGCUAUCAGCAAUUAAAGAUGGCUAGAGAGACUGUUCUAGAGGAACUGUUUGAAGCAGCCCCAGAAGCUGUAGGGCUAGCAAUGAUUAUAACAAACGACUACAAGGACAACCCAAAGUAUUCAAACCUAGAAGCUACAGAAAGUGAUGGAGCUUCAAUGGCUGCAGCCUUUACAGAGCUAGGCUACACCAUUGUCCAUAAACACAACAUCACGGGGCUAAUCCUGGCAAGUAUUUUAAGGAGAACAAGCAAUAUCCAAUACCCAAAGUCUUGCAAAAGGAUAGCUUUUGUAUUUGCUGGCCAUGGACGAAAUGAGUCUAAAUCUGAGACCACUCUAUUAAUUAUGAAUGAUGGAGAGAGUAUAACAAUAGACUUCAUUGUUGAGACCCUUUCUCCUCGUGAUCCUGGUAAUGCAAUCGGUAAUAAGGUCCGCAUGUUCUUCAUUGAUGCUUGUAGAGGAGAUGGCAAAGACGAAGGAAGGCUUGUACCUCGAGGUGGGGAUUGUAUAGAAAAGCAACGGCUAUCAAGCAAUGCUGCUAACUACUUGCUUUGCUUUUCAACACUUGCUGGUUUCCAGUCUUACGAAGUAAAAGAAACUGGUGGAGGGUCUCGGGGACUAUGGCUGCCACGCAUUGCCAGAAAUCUGACCACUUGUGAUGAUUCAAUUGGUGACAUUCUGGUAAAAGUAAAUGAGGAGCUUUCAACUGAGUUUCAAGACAAAGAGAAGUAUCCAUAUAUGAUGCAACCAGUUUUGACCCAGACACUCAAUGAGUCAGUGUUCCUGCUAAGGGAAAAGCCGCAAGCAGGACUAAGUGUAAAGCACACAGCUAAAACAACAAGUAGUGAUAAAGAUCAAAGAUCAAAUUUGUAUCACCGUGCUACAUCCUUGCCCACCAAACCUAGUGCUGGUCAGGCAUCCAGGCCUGAAUUAGCAGCUGCUUUCUCACAACAAACACACGGAGCUCAAAUCCACACUUCAGAACAGUCUCUACCUCCUGUAUUUGCUCAGUCAACAUCACUGCCUGGUGGAAAUUUAUGCGUAACUCCGCCAAGUCGCCAAAAGUGUCAAGUGGAAGCUAGGGAAGGAGCAACGAGCUUGCCAUCAAGAAUAGAAUUAGUACAACGAAAAGCACCACUCCCCGAUGACAGUGGUUAUUACAAAAAACAGCUUAAUGAGUUGAUGCAGAAGAAGAUCAUUAGUGAUUCUUACACUAAAAGUUGGAAGGUAGUUCCCGACCCCAAGAUUCAAGGUAAAUUUAAAGCCACAGUUGAGUGUGUGCUGCUAGUUGGUGACAAUAGCACUGUCUCUGGAGAUAGCAAGGAAUAUUAUGAUAAAAAGAAUCUUGCUAAAGAAGCAGCAGCUGAAGAUGCUGUUAGAAAAAUAGAGAAAAUAUUACCUAGAGCAGCUUCAGCAAGCAUAAGUUCACCGCCACCAAUAGCCAUAGUUAGAAGUGAUAUACCAGUACUUAUGAACAAGCAGAAUCUUAACAAUCAUUUUCAAGGGGAGCUACGGGAUAGUCUACCAAUCUAUGAUACAGUGCCAGUUGACAGUGGAUUUCAAUGCAGUAUAACCCACAAACGGUUUGGCAUCAAAGCAAUUACUGGUGACGUGUGCUCUUCAAAGAGAGAAGCAGAAGACAGUGCUGCAUCUAAAGCAUUGAAACACUGUUAAAAUAUUAGAAUUACAAUAAUAUGUAUGUCAUGUAAUUAUAAUCAACUUAUUAUUAUUAUUAUCAUUGUAGUAUAAAUAUUAAAAACUUCUAUGCAUGUAGUAAUGAAGACAUGCAUGUCUUAAACAGAA